AUGGAGGCCAUCGACGAAUUGGUUCAGCUCUCCGAAUCUAUGCGCCAAGCUUCCGCUCUCCUUGCCGACGAAGAUGUCGAAGAAUCCAGACGCACUUCCACUUUCCUCAACGUCGUUGGUCUCGGCAAUGUCGGUGCUGGAAAAUCUGCUGCAUUGAAUAGCCUCAUUGGACAUCCCAUUUUGCCUACCGGUGAAAAUGGUGCUACCAGAGCUCCCAUUAGCCUUGAAUUGAAUAGAGACACUUCUUUAACUGCCACCAAUAUUAUCCUCCAAAUCGAUAAUAAAUCUCAGCAGGUUUCUGCAAGUGCCCUUCGACAUUCUCUACAGGAAAGGCUCAGCAAAGGUUCCUCUAGCAAGAAAGGUGAAGAAAUAGGUCUAAAACUCCGUACUGGUACUGCACCUCCGUUGAAGUUGAUUGAUUUGCCUGGAUUGGACCAGCGGAUAGUGGAUGACAAAAUGAUCAGCCAAUAUGUCGAGCACAACGAUGCUAUUUUGCUGGUAGUAGUUCCUGCAGCUCAGGCACCAGAAAUUUCAUCAUUACGAGCCCUUAGAGUAGCAAAAGAAUACGAUGCAGAAUCCACCAGAACAGUCGGUGUUAUCAGUAAAAUUGACCAGGCAGCCGCAGAACCAAAAGCCCUUGCAGCUGUGCAGGCACUCCUAUUGGACCAGGGACCUCCAAAAACAUCUGAUAUUCCGUGGGUUGCUUUGAUAGGCCAGUCUGUUUCUUUAGCUUCUGCACAGUCUGGGAGUGGUGCACCUGAGAGCUCGUUGGAAACUGCUUGGCGAGCUGAAACUGAAAGUUUGAAAUCAAUACUGACCGGAGCCCCUCAAAGCAAGCUUGGUAGAAUUGCUUUGGUUGAGUCUCUUGCUGCACAGAUCCGCAAUCGUAUGAAGCUGCGGCUUCCAACACUCCUCACUGGCCUUCAGGGGAAGUCUCAAGUUGUUCAGGAUGAGUUAGUGAAGCUCGGUGAACAAAUGGUUAGUACUUCUGAAGGUACAAGAGCUCUAGGCUUGGAGUUAUGUCGUGAAUUUGAGGAAAAGUUUCUUCAACAUCUCACUGGAGGCGAGGGUAAUGGUUGGAAAAUAGUUGCAAGUUUUGAAGGAAAUUUUCCUAACAGGAUCAAGCAACUUCCUAUUGACAAACACUUUGACAUAAACAAUGUCAAGAGGAUUGUCCUAGAAGCAGAUGGAUAUCAACCUUAUCUUAUCUCUCCAGAGAAAGGUCUGAGGUCCUUAAUAAAAGGUGUUCUUGAACUGGCAAAGGAGCCAUCACGCCUGUGUGUCGAUGAGGUACAUCGUGUGCUUGCGGAUCUAGUUUCUGCUGCUGCAAAUGCUACACCUGGUCUCGGAAGAUAUCCUCCAUUCAAGAGAGAGAUUGUGGCAAUUGCAAGUUCUGCCCUGGAGUCAUUUAAAAAUGAAUCCAAGAAAAUGGUGGUUGCACUAGUUGAUAUGGAACGUGCAUUUGUUCCACCCCAACAUUUUAUUCGUCUAGUGCAGAGGCGAAUGGAAAGGCAACGUCGAGAAGAUGAGCUAAAGAACCGGCCAUCCAAAAAGCCACUUGAUGCAGAACAGUCAAUUCUAAAUAGGGCAACUAGUCCUCAAUCAGGUCAACAAAGUGGAGGAAACUUAAAAUCAAUGAAAGAGAAAUCCAGUCAGCAAGACAAGGAUACACAAGAGGCAUCUGGCUUGAAGGUUGCCGGGCCCGAUGGGGAGAUAACAGCAGGUUAUCUGUUGAAAAAUAGCGGCAAAGGUGGUUGGAGUAAACGGUGGUUUGUUCUAAACGAAAAGAGUGGCAAGCUUGGAUAUACCAAAAAACAAGAAGAAAGACAUUUCCGAGGAGUAAUUUCAUUAGAGGAAUGCAAUAUUGAUGACAUGUCUGAUGAGGGUGAAGCCCCUACAAAGAGUUCCAAGGAUAAGAAGUCGAAUGGACCGGAUCCUGGAAAGGCAGCUAACCUUGUUUUCAAGAUAACGAGCAAGAUCCCCUAUAAGACUGUUAUGAAAGCUGAAAGUACAGUUUUGUUGAAGGCUGAGAGCAUGGCAGAUAAGGUUGAGUGGAUCAACAAGCUGAGAAAUGUUGCACAUGCCAAAGGGGGCCAAGCAAUUGGUGAACCUAGUUUUCCCAUGCGACAGAGUCUUUCUGAUGGUUCCCUUGAUACAAUGGCUAGAAAACCUGCUGAUCCAGAAGAAGAGCUGAGAUGGAUGUCUCAGGAAGUGCGUGGUUAUGUUGAAGCUGUUCUCAACAGCCUUGCUGCCAAUAUUCCAAAAGCAGUUGUUCUUUGCCAAGUCGAGAAAGCUAAAGAAGACAUGCUUAAUCAGUUAUACAGUUCUAUCAGCGCUGUAAGCUCAGCUCGAAUUGAGGAACUGCUUCAGGAGGAUCAAAAUGUCAAGCGUAGAAGGGAGCGUGCUCAAAAACAGUCUUCCCUUCUUUCAAAACUUACUAGGCAGCUAGGUGUCCAUGACAACAGAGCGGCUGCCGCAUCCAAUUGGUCUGAUAGAAGCAAUGCAGCAGAAAGCAGCCCACGAAGCUCUGGACCAUCAUCGGGUGAUGAUUGGAGAUCUGCAUUUGAUGCUGCUGCCAAUGGUUCAAGUGACUCAUUAUCUAGGUAUGGUUCUGGUGGUCACAGUAGACGCUACAGUGAUCCAUCCCAAAAUGGCGAUCCAAUCUCAGGAUCAAAUUCUGGCAGUCGACGGACACCAAAUCGGCUGCCUCCCGCGCCUCCACAAUCUAGUUCAAGAUAUUAG